UUUCCUUAGGAGAAGAAGUUACCCGGAAGUGGCGAUUAUGAAUGUCAAAGACAUGCAUGGUGGCCAUUUGUGUUAUCCCUUACCGCAAGAAAGGAUGGCAGGGUACGGAUUAUUCUGCUCUACAAUGAGAAUUAAAUGCUUUGCGACCAAUACACCUGUGAGAUUUUGUAUGAGUAACCUGUUGUAUAGAAUUCCGACGUGUGGAUAUGCAAAGAAAGUUGCUGCCAAAGGGAAGGGCAAGGGCAUGGUGAAAGAUGUGCUGAAGGGACCGGAGGUGUGUAAGGACCCUGUGAAGCUCACCUCUCACGCUGUUGGAGUCAACAUUUUUAAGCAAGGAGACGACCCUGCACUGAAACCUGCCGAGGAGUACCCAGAGUGGCUGUUCCGGUUGCAGCUGGGUCCCCCUAAGAAUGUCCAUGAGCUGGAGCCAGAUAGCCAUGAGUACUGGAAGGUCCUGAGGAAGGAGCACAUGUUGCGCUUUAACAGGUUACACAAAGGGAAGAAGCUGUAGGACCCAGAGCCAGUGAGAGAGAGCCCCUCAGUGAUCAGCUGCUCUCUGCAGAUCUGUGUUGUGUACACCAGACACUACAGCAUAGCUGUAACCUGACCAACUCAAUACUGUCAGUCUGUAUGUCAUCUUUCUGCUGAAAAGGAAUCACCUUGAGAACUUGGACUUGUUGUAAGUAAAGUCAAAAAGAAAGACCUGGAUUUUUUAUUAAUCUUAACUUUUGCCUUUUGAUUUCUUAUCUCAAAUGUUACCAUCUAUAAACUUCUUUGAAAAAUAUCACACAUUCAAUUUUCACAUAUUAUGUGAGAGUAGGAGUUUUGAUUCACAUCUUGCAGAUGGCAUCUGGAAUACUCUGUGAUCGAUGCAUGGCGGUGCUAGAUACUUUCAGAAAAAUGAAGGCCUUGUUUAUUCUUGUCAUUUGUCAGAGUGAACACCUAAAUAAAUACCCGUUGAGGUCUAUUUAUUUCAUGCAAGAGUUUGUCUAUCAAUGGUGAAUAAACAUCAUUCUAAAUUCAA